GGAGAUUAUCUUCAUGAUGCGCAUUUCCAGGAAGCUAUCUCUGUGCGCCGACGCGAAGUUGUGCAUGCGGCUAGUCCUUUGUUUUCUCCUGCCUUCUUGCGCCUCAUGGGCGUGUGCGAUCCUAAAAAACGACUGCAAGAGGCCUUGGAGGCUGCCCUUGAUCUUGCACACACGGAGCUUCUAGCUUGUAGCAAAGAGGCGGGG